AUGGAACACUCGUCUCCGCUGGCCGCCAUGCAGCCCCCGUCCAUGAUGUUCGGACAAUUCUUCCGCAACGAACCUACUUCGUAUCCGUCUCUUUCGAACCCGUUCAACUUUAAGGAUUUGUCUAUGAAGAAGUCCGGUUCCGAUUACUUCAACACGAAGCCGCUACAGGGUUCGUCGCCCGCAGCUAGCCUGGCCGCCGACCUGUCGCAAAACUUUCAUAUCGAUCAAAGUAGCCCGCAACUGGCCACACCCCGUCGGUCUUUGUUCUCUUCCAACCUUCUCGGUCAGGCCAAUGGUGACCAUGUGAUGACCACCCCUCCUCUCGAGUCCUCACCCGCCGCUCUAGAUAUGAUGGAGAUGUCUCCCCUUCCACACAAGAAGCCGUCCUAUGUGAUCACCACCGAGGUUGAGUUGCACUCGCCGACGCCUCUGGACAGCCCCGUGGACUCUCCCAUCCACUCUGUGGCUCCUAGUCCUUUGCAGGCCUCGCCUAUGGAAGCUCCUGUGCAGCGUCCCCGUCCGCGUUUCCCACGCCCUAGUCUCGCAAAGAGCAAGGCUCAAUCGUUCCAGCUGGGCAUGACCCGGCCUACCCCGGAGAGCAAGGCCCCUCCGUUCCGCUUUAGCACGGCUAAGACUUCGUUGAGCACUUCUACUUCCCUGGAGGAUAUGUUCGGUGACUCCCCUCCCCAAGAGCGGACUCUUCCCCGUAAUCAUUCGAGCAAUCUGGCGCCGCCCCGUCUGCGUCCGCCGAUGCACCAUGCUCGUAGCAGCGGCUCGCCCGCUCCUAACUCCAUUCGCAAGCCCACUCAUCCCUUGAUGCGUCCGCGCAAGCAGACCCGACGCUCACUGAGUAUGUUUGAGAGCCCUGCCGAUGUCAUUGCCGAGAAAGAGGCCAAGGUACCCACAAAUGCACCCCUCCAGCCCAUCGCGGAUAUGGAAACUUCGCCCAGCCUUCAGCUGCCUCACUUUGUCCCUGAGGAUAAGGCGGACUCACUGCCUCGCAUUAACCAGAACACCCUGCUGGAGGUUCUGGACGGCAAGUACAACGACAAGUUCGACAACAUCAUGAUCGUGGAUUGCCGCUUCGAGUACGAGUAUGACGGCGGCCACAUUAACGGCGCCAUCAACUACAAUGACAAGGACGCUCUGGCGGGCGAGCUCUUUACGGCCCCCAAGGCCCACACGGCCCUAAUUCUUCACUGUGAAUAUUCCGCGCAUCGUGCCCCCAUUAUGGCCAAGUACAUUCGCCAUCACGACCGUGCGGUCAAUGUUGAUACCUAUCCUCACCUCACGUACCCCGACAUGUACAUUCUGGAUGGUGGUUACAGCUCCUUCUUCGCUCAGCACCGCUCUCUGUGCUAUCCGCAGAACUACGUUGAAAUGAACGACAAGGAGCACGAAUUCGCCUGCGAGCGUGGCCUCGGCAAGGUCAAGCAGCGUUCCAAGUUGAACCGCGCCCAGACUUUCGCUUUUGGUCAGCACUCUCCCCAGAUGGAGGACAGCCCGACAGGUCGCUGUCGUCUCGGCAAUGACCGCAGCCCGGGAUUCCUUCCGUCGUCCCCCUUCGCAGAGAGCCCUGUUCCCAACCGCACUCCCGGCCGUCGCAUGCUUUCGUAUUAA